AUGAGCACUCCUAGUAGCUCCCAGGCUGCUCAGCCUGCCAACCUCAAACUACCACCACCUACAGACUCGACUCGCUCGCCUACAUCCCCACAGGGCCGAGAAUCGUUCAGCGCAAGCAGUAUACCCUCUCAUAACUCGGACAUCUACAUCAACAGCUACUACUAUGGAAAUGUAGACAUGCCAGACUUGGCCCACAGCCCCAUCAACUCGCCACACCUCACUUCCAACGAUGAACGCCUCAUAAGGCGGCUUAGCUGGACCAGCGGCGAUCAUCCAACUCGAUCACCAUUGCAUCAUCUCGACUCGCAUCAUGGUCAUCAACGUAACAGCUCUUCCGCUGAUGCUGGUCUCCUUGCCGGUCCACUCGAACUGUCCCCUCAGCCUCACGUUGACUCUUUCCCCCCUCAUAUCUCUGCUCCACGUCGCAACUCAUCGCUUCCACUCAGCAGUCUCGCUUCCGCUCAUCCUAUGGCUUAUGGAUACAGUCAAGGGUCCGACGCUACAUACACAUCAAAUGACCAUGAUAGAGCCAUUCUCGCCUCGCAUCAAGAUGGCAUCAGACACCCUUCGCUUCGAUACGAGGAGCCAGACGAACAGCGAUUCUAUCGCACUGCUUCUCCCGACCAGAUCCAACAGGCAGAUGCAGAUCUCAAGUCUAGCGCAGAUGUUUAUGCUACAGCAGGCCACUUUUCAGCUUCUGGUUUCGAUAGAGCUAGAUCCAGUCUCAACAGAUUCAGCAAGUCGCUUCGUCGCAUGAGUCGUCGUGUCGUCCAUCACAAAGAACACGCUCAUGUUCCGCUCACAGAUCAGGAUGCAGAAGAGAGCGACUCUUCCGCCACAGCUCAUCUAGAUCAACCACACACCAUCGCUUCCUUAACCAUCAGCCAAGACGAGAUCGCUCCUCGAACCCACGUUUUGCAACGACUUCGCGGCAAGAGUCUUGGCAUUUGCGGUCCUGAUAGUCUUUUUCGCAAGUCGCUUUCAGUUCUACUAUCACAAUGGUGGGUCGAGCCCUUCAUCUUACUUGUCAUUCUCGCCAACACUAUCACCCUUGUCGUCCAAUCUGCUCAGAGCGUCUACGAGAGACCUAGGGAAGCGCGCUACUUUGGCGACAUGUCCGACUACAUUCUUCUCGCCAUCUUCUCUAUCUACACCGUAGAGAUCAUUGCCCGCAUCAUUGUCUCGGGGCUCAUCAUCAAUCCGCCUCCGCUUUACGCCACUCCCAAAGCCACCUCAAUCUCGACAGAUGAACGCGCAGAUUCAGGAGAACAAGCAAAGCACUUUGUCUCUGCACUCUCAGAGCAUCGCCGCCAGGCCUCUAGAUCCAAUACCCUCGAUGCGCUUGGUAACUUUGGUGGCAAUCUUAAAGACAAGGCACAAAGGGUGCUUGCCGGCCAUGAAGGCUUCACAGAUUCAUACUCGGCACAAUCGCCAUCACGCGAGCCACCACCUCGAGUCGCAGCAUCACCUCCAGCCCGUACACCGCACAGCAAGCAGGCUUCCUCCACUUUGGCGCCUGACGAACAAGUUUGCCAUCCCCGUCGACGUCUCAACCAGAGUGAGACUAGCAUCUUUCUCUCAGAGUCCUCGGCACCCUCCUUCUGGCAGAACAACAACAACAAGGCUCCGUUCGCCGAAGCAUUCGAGAAGCAGCGAAUUCAAGCGGUCCAUCAUGCUUUCCUGCGACACUCGUGGAAUCGUGUCGACUUUGUCGCUGUCGUCUCUUUCUGGAUAGCUUUGGCACUAGCUCUUGGUGGUCAAGAGUCGACUCCAGCGCAUCACAUCUACAUCUUUCGUUCCCUCAGUGUACUUCGCUGUGCACGUCUUCUCACUGCAACCAGCGGUACCACGACCAUUCUCCACUCGCUCAAGGCUUCUGCCUACAUUCUGCUCAGCGUCACCUUUUUUACUGGCUUCGCCAUGCUCCUCUUUGGCAUCAUCGGCAUCCAGAGUUUCGAAGGCUCGUAUCGCAGGAACUGCGUCUGGAUUGGCCAUCUGAACGGUCAGCCCGGCGUUAACAUUACACUCUCUCAACUCUGUGGUGGCUAUUUUAGCACAUCAGGACAAAAGCUUGGUCAUAUUUCUCUCAACGGCGGUCCUUCCGGCUCAUCUCCCAAGGGCUUCAUCUGUCCACAAGGUCAAGUCUGUCAAGAGCAAUCCACCAACCCGCAAAGCAACUCGCAGUCCUUUGACAACAUCUUUACCUCGCUUCUUGAAGUUGUCAUUGUCAUCUCGUCCAACAACUGGUCCCAAACCAUGUACGACAUGAUCGACGCCGACUAUUACGCUUCCUGCCUCUACUUUAUCAUUGGUAUCAUCGUUCUCAACUUCUGGCUUGCCAACUUGUUCGUCGCCGUCAUCACCAACAGUUUUGCCACCCUCACCGCACGCACUCAGCGCAGUGCUUUCGCCGAUCAAAAGAUCCAGGAUGCCUCCACCGAGGACGAGAAGCAGCCUCUGGCCAAGGGAAGGCUCAGGAGCCUUGCGCUAGGAUUCAAGCGCGUUUGGGCCUACACAAAGUAUCUCUGGAUUCUCGCCAUCAUCUUUGACAUUGCCAUCCAGGCCUCUCGUGCCAUCUAUCUCGGUCCACAAGAGCUCGAAAGGCGAUCCAAGAUUGAACUCUACUUUACUAUGGCUUUUGACUUGGAGAUUGUCAUGCGAUUCCUCGCAUUUGUGCUCGACGGCGACUGGCGAGGCUUCUUGGCCUCCAAGCAGAAUCGAGCUGAUCUCUUCCUGGCGUUCAUCACCAGCAUCAUUCAGAUCCCUGGGAUCAAGAACUCGCAGGUACACCCCUGGCUCACCUUUUUUCAGCUUGCCAGAUUCUAUCGAGUUAUUGCUGCCAUCCCACGCAUGCGUGUGCUGCUGGUUCGCGCUUUCGGUUCGCUCAACAAGAUGCUCAACAUGGUCUUCUUCCUGCUUCUCAUGGUUGGCCUUGCCUCGUUGAUCGCGACACAGCUCUUCCGUGGCGAUAUUCCACAGGAAGAUGACGGUCAAUGGACCAUCAUGACCUUUAAGCAUUCCUUCAACUCGUUCCUCGCCAUGUAUCAGAUCUUCACAUCCGAAGAUUGGAUCGAAGUGCUCUUUGGCGCUCUCUCGAACGAGGCCGAGUACAAGCAAACGGCCAUCGCUGCCAUCUUCCUCUCCGGCUGGUUCUUCUUUGCCAACUUUAUCGUCCUCCAGAUGUUUAUCGCCGUCAUCAACGAGAACUUCAGCGUCGCCGAACACGAGAAGCGUCAACAGCAAUUGCAACAGUACCUUCGUCGAAAUGAGCCGCCGCCGCCCUCCUUGACUGCACGCAUCGUCAACAAGCUCAGCCCGUACCGAUGGCUCAGGCAACACAAUGCAGUACACACCGGUUCCGCUGCUUCCGAUCCCGGUCGAAGCGAUCAUGACGGCAGCAGCAAAGGUCUGACCAGCAAGAUUGUUGGAGGAUCCAGGGUCAAGAAGCGCGCCGAGGAAGAAAAGGCGUCUCGACCGCUCUCAAUGCAUCACGUCAUGGACACCUCGACUGCAACCGCGCAUCGUACGGUCAACACAUUCAAAAAGCUCUUACGACUCGAUCAGCCCGACGAGGUGGUACCGCUUGACAAUUUGCAGGCUCGCAGGCUGCGCACUAGCAUCCAUGCCGAUGACAUGCUGCGUCCCGGCGGUUUUGAUGCUGCCUACGAUGCAGAUCCUUCUGAUCAGGCGGCGCAUCAGUUUGCCAGUGACAGAAAGUUGGCGAGGAUGCGUUCUGACCUUGGCCUCCGUUCCAAAGACGGCUUCAGCGAUACAUCGGCCACCGCUUUCCUGCCGCGCUCCCACAGUGACCCUCGCAUUCAGCAAGCUCAAUUCAUCGCCUCGCAUCCCUCCUAUGACAAGUCUUACUUCCUCUUCUCCAACCACAACAAGCUCCGCCGCUUCUGCCAGAGUCUGGUGCCGUCAUCGCACGGAGAGAGACUAUUCGGUCGGCCAGUCUCACCCUAUCGACACAAGCUCUUUCAAAUUGCGGUAUUCCUUGCGAUCGUAGGCUCAGUCGUCUCUGCCAGCAUCGCCACGCCCGCAUAUCGACGUGAUUACUACGCCAGGUACGGUCUCAUCCGUGCAUCGUGGUUCUCGAUCCUCGAGAUCAGUCUGUCAUCCUUGUUUUUGGCCGAAUUCUUCAUCAAGACGAUCGCCGAUGGCCUCGCUUUCACUCCCAAUGCAUACGUGCUGAGCAUCUGGAACUCGCUCGACCUCUUUGUGCUAACGACCCUGCUGGUCAACGUCGUCACCGAACUGGCUGUCAUCGGUGGUGUCUCGAGGUUCACGCGAGCUCUGAAAGCCUUCCGUGCGCUUCGACUCAUCAACUUGUCCUCACUCAUGCGCGACACGUUCCAUGCUGUCAUGAUUGCUGGUGCAGGCAGGAUUCUGGACGCUUCGAUCCUGUCGAUCUUGUACAUUAUCCCCUACGCCGUAUGGGGACAGAAUCUGUUUGGCGGUCUGCUCUACUCUUGCAACGACGGGUCCAGCGCGAUUCGCAACAAGUUCGACUGUGCAGGCGAGUACUCGAGCUCACCAGGCAACUUUGACUUCCUCGCUCCUCGAGUCUGGGGCAAUCCCACUGAAGGCAGCGUCUACUCGUUCGACGACUUCAAGGGAGCCAUGCUCAUCAUGUUUGAGAUUAUCUCACUCGAGGGCUGGAUUAAUGUCAUGUCGACAGCCAUGAGCGUCGCGGGCAAGGAUCAGCAGCUCCAGAACGACAAUCGCCAGGUCAAUGCGCUCUUUUUCCUCAUCUACAAUCUUGUGGGAAGUACAACAGUCUUGACGCUCUUUGUGUCGGUCAUCAUCGAAAACUUCCAGACCUUCUCGGGCGCUGCUUACCAGACUGCUGGACAGAGACAGUGGAUCGACUUGCGCAGGCUCAUUCUUCGACAGCAACCUUCGAAACGCCCCAAGCGGCGUCCUUCUCAAGCCUUGCGAGCGUGGUGCUACGACCGCGUGCUCACCAAGAAUGGAUGGUGGAGUCGCGCGAUGACCUUGGUAUACCUAGCCACCUUGAUUACUCUGAUGACGCAGCAGUACGCCGAUCCGGAUUGGGCCAACAGGUUGAGAGAUGCUCUCUACCUUGGCUACAUUGCCGUAUACGCGUUUGACAUCUUUGCGAGACUGUUGGGUCUUGGUUGGAGGAGUUACAGGGAAAAUCCUUGGAAUCUCUACGACUUGUUUGUGGUGUCAGGCACGCUAGCCACCACGCUUCCCUUGCUGACCAACAACGGCAACACCGACAUUGUUGUUCAGUUCCAGAAGCUGUUUCUGACCUGUGUUGCGCUCAAGCUGGUGCAGAAGAACCGUGCACUGAACCAGCUCUUCAAAACGGCCUUUGCCUCGCUACCAGCCAUUCUCAGUCUUUUCCUUCUCUGGCUUACCAUGUUCCUGGUUUGGGCCAUCAUGCUUCUCGAGGUGUUUGGUUUGACAAAGUGGGGUCCCAACGAGACUAACCAAAAGAACUUCUCGACGAUGAUUGGCUCCAUGGUCUUCUUGAGCAUGAUGUCAACAGGCGAAGGAUGGAACUCGUUCAUGCACGACUAUGCCGUCUCGCCACCUCAGUGUACGCCCUCGGCCAACUAUUUGACCUCGGACUGCGGAAGCGAACCAUGGGCAUACGCGCUCUUCAUCGGUUGGAACGUCAUUUCGAUGUACAUCUUCCUCAACAUGUUCACCGGUACCGUCGUCGAGAACUUCUCGUACAUCUUUGAUCUCGGAAGCAAGGCGAUGCUCAGCUCGACCGAUAUUCGACACUUUAAGAGUAGCUGGGCCAAAUUUGACCGUAACAGGAAGGGUUACAUUCACAAAGAUCAGAUUGUUCCUUUCCUCGGCUCGCUUAAAGGCGCUCUCGAAAUCAGCCUGUACCCGCCCGAGUGCAGCUUGCAGGCGCUCAAAGCUUCGUUCUCAUCAUCUCAAGGUGUUGCGUCGAGCCCGACAACAGAAGGCAGGACCAAAGGUGCAUUUGACUUGUUCAAGGCUGCUUCGCCGCUUCGAUCGCCGUUGCGUGAAGGGAAAGGAGACGAUGGCAAGGGGCUGUUUGCUUGGCCUGUAUCGUCGUCGGAGCCCGUGCGUACGCCGCAGACCGACGGAGAGCGUCUGGCUCUUGCUUUAUCCGCAGUCGAUUCCAAGGAGCUCCGCAUGCGCAGAGACCGUUUCAACAGGGUCUAUCACGAAGCUAUCAUGCUCAUCCAUCCACCCAAGGGCAUUUCGUUCGCCGACAUGCUUCUGCUCCUAGCACGCACCAAGCUCGUCGACGAGAUGGAAGCGCUCAGCGUUGAAGAGCUCGUCGAAAGAAAAGAUACACUGGAGCAGAUCGAGCACCGCAUCAGGCUCGAUCGAGUGCGUGGUCUCCUGCAGAUGGCUUACUGGCGAAGAAGGUUCUUGGCUCUACGAGACGAGAUGCGAAAGGGAGAAGCAGUGCCCACCAUCCUUGUACACGGAAGUCCAGGCAGAUUAUCUCGACCAGUGCUUCCCGCUUUGGAAAUUCCCGGUACAUCUUGGUCGACAUCAUCCUCGACAACUAACAAGCCAAUGUUGACCAUCACACCAUCGCCACCCUCGUUGCAUGACUUGGAGCUUCGUGCAUCACCGGUGAUCGAGUCGUUUGAAGCGACCGCUUGGGGCGAUCUAAUGAAAAGGAUCGAUGGUCAAGAUACAAGCCCACAGCCUUACCAAGAGCAUGCUCGCACUAAGAGUGAUAAGGGCAAAACCCGUUCGAGGAAGGAUGAUCAACGCUGGUUCUGA